CAGAGUCAGAUACGUUCAGUGACGGUCAGACUCAGAGAGGGAUGGACCGCUACCUGGACAGCCUGUUUGACCCUGUGCUCUCAGACGACGGCGUAAACAUGGAAAAGACCGGUUUGUCUGCACGGAUGAAGGGAGGAGGAGGCGUGGGCAUCGCAGGAGAAGGUCGCGGAGAGGGGCCCGCAUCUCCCACUCGGCCUUACCCACCAGGGAUACGUCCUGGAGCUGUACCAGUGCUUCCAGUAGCUGGAGGAAUGAUGCCCCCCAUGCCAGUCCCCUCCCACCACCAUCACCAUGAACGGCACCAGCAAGAGGAGCAAGAGGAAGAACAGCAGAAACCCCAGUACCACCAAUAUAACCGUCCCCAACAGCCAUACCCCCUACCUACUCCCUCCACCCCCCAUCGUGCCCCGCCGGUAGCACCCAAGUCUUUGCCCCCUCGCGCCCCCACCACGGUGUCUACAGCUGCUCCAGCAGCUGAUAGAGAAACGGAUGCUCCAUCUCACGUGGGGGGCGUCCCGGGUCUGCCCGCACUCCCGACGAUGCCCACAGUUCCAGGCUUACCUGUGGUGACAGGUGUGCCAGGAUCGGAGCAGGUGGUGCUGACUCAGCAGCAACAAGCCAUCAUCAACCAGCAAGCUAUCAUUCUGGCCCAGCAGAUGACCAUGCAAGCCAUGGCGAUCCAGCAGCAGAUGUUGUCCUCCUUCCCUCCUGUUGCUCCAGCCCCCCAGUCACCGCCAUCCUACCAUGGCGCCAACCUGCCACAACGCACACCCACACCCAGCCCUACAAAAGAGAGCAGCGAGUCAAACAAGCCCAGCCCUGCUGCUGUCCAGCGGAAAACAAGUGUAACGCGUGGGCCCCCUGCUGAGGACGUUGUCCGGUCCAGUGUGAGCAACACAGAACGCAUCGAUCCGAGCCACGACAUUAAAGAUAUAAUCAAACAGCACCAGCCUACAGGCACAACAUCCUCUGCUGGGUCUCCAACACAAAGGAAAAGUGAUGGGAAGAAGUUUGCCAAAAAAUCCGACCCUCAUGAUGAAGCUAUGGAGAUCCUUAAAGAUCAAAUGGCCAACCCUCCACGACCGUCACAGAAGAAGCCCCAGCCCUCCCAACCUAAGGAGCAUGAAGGAGCUAAAGCUAUGAAAGCAGCCAAGCCUCGACCUGCAGAGCCAACAACCAGCUCCAGCAUGACCCCAAGCCACCCCCCAGUCUCCAGAGAUUUACCAGUAGAAGAGGAGCAAAUUCAGACUCAGCUCCACAGCAGAACCAGCGAUGAGUAUUAUACCUACUCCAAUGUCCCCUGGAAACUCUUCAUGAGGAAGGAGGUCUUCUAUCCAAAAGAGAACUUGAAUAAUCCCCUGAUUCUGGAUCUAAUUUUCAAACAGGUUGUGCAUGAUACCUUCUCUGCAGCUUGCGUCCGCAUCACUCAGGAAGAGAGACAGAAGAUGAAGGACCUUUUUGCGGAGAACAAAGUGGAUCAGGCUUCAGGGACGAGCGACGAAGGCGUGAAGAAAAGAGUUGUGGCCCUGGCCAAAGACUCUUGGGAGAUCUACUUCUCCCGCCUCUUCCCCGCCUCUGGCAGCGUGGGAACUGGAGUGCAGGUCUUGUCGGUGUCGCAUAUAGGCAUCAAACUGCUGAAGUUGGUGAAGAGCGGCUCAACUGCUUCGGACUACUUCAGAGUGCUGAGGCCUUACAGCUACUCGGACAUCCUGUUUGUGUCUGUCCCAUCGAAGAACAUGUUGGAGUUCAACCUGACCAAUGAGAAGUUGAUCCUGUUCUCCGCCAAAGCGCCGCAGGUCAAAAAUAUGAUCGACUACUUCCUCACAGAGCUCAAGAAGGACUCAGAGUAUGUGGUGGCGGUGAGGAAUUACGUCACUGAGAACAGGAAUCACCUUAGCUUCCACAAAGGAGACAUCAUCCGGCUGCAGCACAUGGAUGGGCUGGAGUCUGGUAAACGAUAUGGUUGCAUUGUGAGGAAAACUGUCAUGCUUCUGGAAGAGCUGAAGCGGGAAACGCCAGAGUUCGGUUGGCGGUUCGGCGCUGUUUUUGGAAGGUCAGGAGUGUUUCCCGCUGAUUACGUCCAUCCUGUGGCGGCUCCCGACUUCCUGUUUCUGCCCGUUGAGCGUGUGGAGCCUCGGGACAGGCACGGACGGGUGGCAGCAUCAGCUGCCGUUGCUGUGGCGAUGGGCUCGGUCGUCGCUGCUCAUGAGCUCGAGCUCUCCACAGAGGUUGUAAAUGAGAUGUAUGGGGACAGCUGGAAGGUGGAAAUGGAUGACCUGCCGCUGCACAGCAAUCAGUACCUAAUGACCGAGUUUGCCAAGAAGUACUUCAGAGAAGCCCAGAGGAACAGAGGUGAUCAGAAAGCCAAAAAGGGGAAGGAGCCCAGGGACCCGGCUGAUAUGGUCAAAUUCUCCAAGUCUCCAAUCUACGAGUCUCUGAUUGACUUCUCUGACAGCGGGAUGAACAGAGUGGCUGCCGAUAUCUCUAUAGCUAUCAUGAAGUUUAUGGGAGACUUUCCAAUGAAAGGCCAAACUGAGCAGGACCUGGUGGCUGCUAUACUAAAGCUGAGUAGCGACCAUGGUCUGAUAAAGGAUGAAGCGUACUGCCAAGUGAUGAAGCAAGUCACCACCAACACCAGCUCCAAACAGGAUAGCUGCCAGAGAGGAUGGAGGCUGCUGUACAUCCUUACCGCUUUCCAUCGCUGCUCCGAUGUCAUGAAGCCAUUCCUGCUGAGGUUCCUGCAGGAUGCCUGCGACAGCCCUGGGAUGCCAUACCAAGGAAUUGCCAAGGCCUGUCAGGAGAAUCUGAAGAGGACAUUCCAGUAUGGCGGACGUGUUCAGUAUCCCAACAGCAUGGAGAUCAAGGCUAUACUGGCUGGGCGGAGCUCAAAGAGACAACUUUUCCUGCUUCCAGGUGGGAUCGAGAGGCACUUGAAAAUCAAGACUUGCUCUGUUGCUUUGGAUGUGAUUGAGGACCUUUGCUCGGAGAUGGGGCUGCAGAGAUUGGAGGCGCUGGAUGAAUAUGCAGUGUUUCUGGUAACACACAAAGGUCAGAACGUGCGUCCCCUGAACAAGCGUGAGUACAUCCUGGACAUCGCCACAGAGGCUGAGCCAGUGGAUGCCAACUACAGUCUGUGGUUUAGACGAGUCGUGUGGAGCUUGGCUCUUAAACUUGACAAUGAGCUUUACGUCACAAUGCACUACAACCAGGUGUUGCCAGACUACCUGAAGGCUUUAUUGGGUGUAGUUCCUCAGGGUAAGCCCAGUGACCAGCAUAUGCAACAGAUUGCCAGGCUGGCCGCCCUACAGCAUCGUGCCAAGGAUGCCAUCUACCUUCCCACCCUCCGAGAGGUGCAGGAAUGUGUCCCCUCACAGUUCUACAGCAAACAGGGUUCGCAACAAUGGCUGAAUGUGGUAACGGAGCACAUGCAGUACGUCCAGCCUUUAAACCCACACCAGGCCCGCGCACAGUUCCUCGGUCUGGUCAGUGCCUUCCCCAUGUUCGGCUCCUCUUUUUUCUACAUACAGAGUUUGAGCUCUUCGACUAUCCAGGCCCCGUGCAUCCUGGCUGUGAACCUGAACGGACUGCACUUUCUUAACAAGGACACUCACGACACCAUGGUACGUUUCCCGCUGAAAGAGGUGCAGUCAACUCGUACCCAGAGACCAACCUCCGGCUCCAGUUACCCGUACGUGGAGAUCAUGAUCGGAGACCUGCUCAACCAGCGGAUCACACAGCUGCAGCUGGAGCAGGGCCUCGAAUUGUGCCGAGUCAUUGCCAUGCACAUGGAGAACAUGCUGUCAUUCAGAGAGAAAAGACUCACCUUGCCACCAAGUGAAAUCACCCUGCUAUAGCACAGACGUCCGCAUGGUUGUUACACAGAACUCCCCGUUUAGUGCCUCAUCAAGGCACCAUUGUCUACCUCUAAAAAGUUUAAUCAUUUUGAUAUUUUUUUAUACUCUUAUUUUAUUGCUAAACAAUCGAUGAAUAAAAUGUUCCUCUUUUGCUCUGUCACCACGAAAGGAUGUGGUAAUGAUUAAAAUGUGUUUAUUAAAAUU